UCAGCCCCCAUGGAGUUUUACAGUAAUGGUGGGCCUGCCCUCAUGGGAAAAGGAGUAUAGUCUGGCAGGGGGCCAAGCCUCCCUCAGAGACACCAGGGUUGUUAGCAGUACAUAUUUGGCCUUGGAAUCAAAGAUGAUAACUUAUGUUCUAUGAACAUGCAGGGGUCAUGGUAUUCUGAAGAGGAACUCAAUCAAGAGAAAUCUGGGGAAAGCCGGAAAUCACUGAGUUAUUGAAGACACACAGGAGGCAGAACAGAUAGCGCCUUAUUUAUCCAGCCUGUACAAGUAGGACUCAAUUGAAGGGAAACAGUCCCAUAUAUAGAGUGAGAAGAGCCCUGAAAACUAUUUGGGAAGGAAAGAACAUUUAUCAGAGCUCCUUCCUAAACCUGUUUUAAACAAAAAUCAGCAUAUUUUAAUCAGAGAUUUACAGCACUCCUUUUCUAUUAGCUAAUUUGUGGAAGUACCACCAUUAAUAAUUUACUUCUUUGCUCUAAGACUAUCUGGAAUUCUCCCUGAAGGAAACCACACAGAGAGCAUGCUCCUGUGAAUUAAUAAACCCCUGGACCACGGGCCACCAUGGAUGUGCACCUCGAUAACCUUGAGGGUCAGGAGAACACAAGCAACAUCGACAAGGAAAAGAGCAGCACAGGAGAUAAGCAAGGUUACUACCCUUGCAUGACCAACAGCAAUAAAAACCAGGACACCAUGCUUAAUUCUCUGCAAGAUGUUGCUAUGAGGACAGAUUCAUCAGAAAUGACUGAUGUGGAACAUGUGAUCACCAGUUUUGCAGCUUCAGCACGGACAGGCCGCCGAAAUGCCAUACCAGACAUCCAGGGUUCAACUUCGACAGGUGAACUCUCAGAGUUGCCCCUGAAACUGGAGAACCUCUCCUUGAAGAAAGAUGUAAUAAAGAAAGAUGAAGAAAUAACACAAGACCAAUUGGAAAAACCCCCAAAUGAAGAAAAAUGAAGGCUCAUAACCUAUUGCAAGUGCUAAAUUUCUGCACUUUGAGAGACUUAGUGGUUCUGCUUUCCUGAGAUAUUUGAUCUGGUAGUAACUAUGGUAACAUUGCAGCCCUAAGCAACAUGUGUAUUAGAUAAUUUUGUUGUGAUGCUACUCACUUGGAUUGCAACCAUUAUGUUCAAUAUAGGUUAUUAAAAGGCAGAUUUCUUCCAAAUUGCACCCAAGGAAAAGUUUAAAAAUGAUGGUCACUUUAAAAAAUAAUGUCUAUAAACCCAACAAAACCCAUUGUUCUCUUUUGAAAUUAAUUUAGUCAGAUAUAUAUUUUUAAUUCCAUGUUUAUGGUAAUGGGUAGACCAGUUCUUGAUAAAUAUAAAGCAAACAUCAUUUAUGUGAAACUUCAUAGAAUUUGUAGGAAAUUAUGUUUUUUGGUGAGAAGGGAUAAUAGAAUAUUCAAAAACAUUUAAAUAGGAUAUAUUUGUUCUUAACCAAAAAUACACCAAUUUUCUCCUAAAUAAAAUUUAGAAAAAUGUCAAAAGUUUGAUAAACUAAUUUUCUCUAGGAUGUUUUUGCUGAAUUAUUUUGCUUCUAGUCUGUGCAUACUGUGAUUUUUCAUGUGGGCUCUUCAAAUGCAAAAUUUGUGACAAAUUGUUUAUAUGGAACAUGACUAUUAAAUGAAUUUCACUA